GUCCAAUUGACAAAUGUAAAUUUCACAUUUGCAUUCUUUGUGUUUUUGGGUGGUACAAUAAAACUAACAUUUAGAGAUUCUAUCCACCAUAACACUAAAUAAAGUAGCUAAUUUCGUAAAUUUUAAAUAUUGUUGCUAAUAAUCUAACACCAAAUCGUAAAAUAUGGCCGAUGAACAGAACAUGAUUGAUGCUCAAAAACAAUUCGCUGAUGUGGACAUAAAUAACGGCAGUGCCUCUGGAGCAGAGGAUGACGAGGAAGAAGAGGUUCCAGCGCCCGGUACUGUCGACAACGAUUUAUUUGCCAUAACACCAACUAGUGAAAUUCAUCGCCGUAUAUCAUCAAGUAAUCUCGAAGAUGUGCUUACCGACAAUGGCGACUAUUUCAUAGAGGUAACAGUGGCAGAGCCACAAAAAGUAGGCGAUGGCAUAGGCUCAUAUCUUACUUAUAAGGUAACAACGAAAACAAACAUUCCGAAAUUCAAACGCUCUGAAUUCAGUACAAUGAGAAGAUUUAGUGACUUUUUAGGAAUACACGAUGUAUUAUCAGGAAAAUAUACAAGACUUGGUAGAAUUAUCCCACCGGCACCAUCAAAAAAUAUUAUAGGUAGUACCAAAGUGAAAAUGAGUCCACAACAAACAGAGCCCGGGGCACCGCGAAAUGCCGAGUGGGUUGAAACGCGAAGAGCUGCUUUGCAACGAUAUGUGAAUCGCACAGCUCAGCAUCCGGUGUUGCGAGUAGAUCUCGACUUCAUAAAUUUUUUGGAAAGUGAUCAAGAACUCCCUCGCGCAGUUAAUACAGCAACUCUCAGCGGGGCUGGAGUAAUGCGUCUUUUUAAUAAAGUCGGAGAAACCGUAAAUAAAAUCACCUAUAAAAUGGAUGAAAGUGAUCCUUGGUUUGAUGAGAAAAUUACUGAAGUAGAAAAUUUGGAUGCGAACCUACAAAAAUUGCAUUCAGCAUUGAAAUCUCUAGUUAACACACGUAAAGAGUUAUCUGCGCUGACUGGACUAGUUGCAAAAUCGGCGGCCAUGCUAAGUACGUGUGAAGAGCACACUGGUUUGUCCCGUGCACUCUCAAACUUAGCUGAUGUAGAAGAGAAAAUCGAAUUGCUACGUUCAGAGCAGGCCAACUCGGACUUUUUCAUAAUGGCAGAAUUCGUAAAAGAUUACAUCGAUCUAUUUAGCGCUGUUAAAUCGGUAUUUCAUGAGCGCGUCAAAGUUUUUCAAAACUGGCAACAUGCACAACUACAAUUGUCGAAGCGACGAGAAAAUCGAGGGCGUUAUGAACUCGCUAAUCGCACUGACAAACUAGAACAAGCGCAACAAGAAGUCGAAGAGUGGCAAACAAAGGUUCAACGCUGCCAACAACAGUUUGAUGAUAUAUCAACCGAGAUAAAAAAAGAAAUGGAACGGUUUGAGUUGAACAGAAUACGUGAAUUCAAAGUAAACACGAUGAAAUAUAUUGAGGAUCAGAUGGCGCAUCAACAACAGAUUAUUUCUUAUUGGGAAACUUUUAUACCCUCUGCCAGAGAAAUUGUUUAAAAAAACUGUUUACGCUCUCAUAAAUCGCUUAAAUGCAGAAUCGUUUUGUGAAACGCCUUUUAUAUAUGUAUUAAAAGUAAUAACUAAUAAAUAAUUCGUAUCCAAGCAGGAAAUUUGUGCUACUGAAAUGCCGUUAUAAAUGUUUUAUAUAUAGCAUAUAAAACUAAAGGGCAAAAAUUCUGUGUAUCUACGUUCCACAAAGUAUUUUUUAUUAAAUAUUAUUUUUUAUGAUUUUUGUAAAGUAUUCCACAAAAAGAAAAUUUGUUAAAAACAUUUAAUACAUGUAUAGGAUUAUUGAUUGAGUAUGUGCUCUGUUAGCUAAUAAAAACUAUUGAAUAUUUAAUAUAUAAUA